AUGUUCCGCCUGGGCGCGCAGCGGCUGCGGGGCCUCCCGCUGCGGAGCUUCCCGCUACAGGGCUCCCCCGGCCGUCCGCGCUCCGUCUGCGCCCGCGAAGGAGAGGAAAACACACCCUUAUCUGCAGAAACAAGAUGGAAAGACAGAGCAGAAACAGUGAUAAUUGGAGGUGGCUGCGUUGGUGUGAGUCUGGCUUAUCACUUGGCCAAAGCGGGCAUGAAAGAUGUGGUCCUCCUGGAGAAAUCAGAGCUCACUGCUGGAUCCACCUGGCACGCAGCAGGUCUAACAACUUAUUUUCAUCCUGGAAUAAACCUGAAGAAAAUCCAUUAUGAUAGCAUCAAACUUUAUGAGAAACUGGAAGAAGAAACUGGACAGGUCGUGGGAUUCCAUCAGCCAGGGAGUAUCAGAAUUGCUACAACUCCUGUAAGGGUAGACGAAUUUAAAUAUCAAAUGACUCGGACUGGCUGGCAUGCGACAGAACAGUAUAUUAUUGGACCUGAAAAAAUUCAAGAGAUGUUCCCUUUACUCAACAUGAAUAAGAUUUUAGCUGGACUCUAUAAUCCUGGAGAUGGUCACAUUGAUCCUUACUCUCUAACUAUGGCCCUGGCUGCUGGGGCUAGGAAAUACGGUGCCCUUCUAAAAUAUCCUGCCCCAGUGACGUCUUUGAAACCCAGGUCAGAUGGAACAUGGGAUGUUGAAACACCGCAGGGAUCUAUGCGAGCAAAUAGAAUUGUGAAUGCUGCAGGAUUUUGGGCUCGUGAAGUAGGUCAGAUGAUUGGAUUAGAGCAUCCUCUCAUUCCAGUUCAGCAUCAAUACGUUGUCACGUCAACCAUCCCCGAAGUGAAAGCUUUAAAGCGAGAACUCCCUGUGCUCCGAGACCUGGAAGGAUCUUAUUAUCUCCGGCAGGAAAGGGAUGGGCUUUUGUUCGGUCCAUAUGAAAGUCAGGAGAAAAUGAAACUUCAGGACUCCUGGGUCACCAGCGGAGUCCCUCCAGGUUUCGGAAAGGAGCUCUUUGAGUCUGAUCUAGACCGAAUCAUGGAACACGUGGAAGCUGCCAUGGAAAUGGUCCCUGUCUUGAAAAAGGCUGACAUCAUCAAUAUUGUCAAUGGGCCUAUCACCUAUUCUCCUGACAUUCUGCCUAUGGUGGGGCCCCAUCAGGGGGUCAGGAACUACUGGGUGGCUAUAGGCUUUGGAUAUGGCAUAAUCCAUGCUGGUGGGGUAGGGAAAUAUCUCAGUGACUGGAUCCUGCAUGGAGAACCUCCUUUCGAUCUGAUAGAAUUGGAUCCCAAUCGCUAUGGCAAGUGGACGACAACUCAGUACACUGAGGCCAAAGCAAGAGAGUCAUACGGAUUCAACAAUAUUGUGGGUUACCCCAAAGAAGAACGGUUUGCUGGGAGGCCGACCCAGCGAGUCAGUGGGCUUUAUAAAACCCUGAAGUCUAAGUGUUCCAUGGGGUUCCAUGCGGGCUGGGAGCAGCCACACUGGUUCUACAAACCGAACCAGGACCCUGGGUACCGGCCAAGUUUUCGCCGCACAAACUGGUUUGAGCCUGUGGGCUCAGAGUAUAAACAGGUUAUGCAAAAAGUAGGGGUGAUUGACCUGUCACCGUUUGGCAAAUUUACCGUCAAAGGCCAAGACUCCAUUAGGUUGUUGGACCAUCUCUUUGCCAAUGUCAUUCCCCAGGUGGGUUGUACAAAUAUAAGUCACAUGUUAACACCAAAAGGUCGAGUAUAUGCUGAGUUGACUGUUUCUCACCAGUCUCCUGGGGAGUUUCUAUUAAUAACUGGCUCUGGAUCAGAACUUCAUGAUCUUAGAUGGAUUGAAGAAGAGGCAGUCACAGGUGGAUACAAUGUUGAAAUUAAAAACAUGACGGACGCGCUUGGAGUCCUUGGAGUUGCAGGACCGCAUGCAAGGAAGGUCCUUCAGAAACUGACCUCUGAAGAUCUUAGUGAUGGUGCUUUCAAGUUUCUUCAAACCAAGGCUUUCAAAGUGGCCAACAUUCCCGUCACUGCUAUCAGGAUAUCUUACACUGGUGAGCUGGGUUGGGAGCUGUACCACAGACGAGAAGAUUCUGCGGCACUUUAUGACAUUAUCAUGAAUGCAGGCCAGGAGGAGGGAAUUGACAAUUUUGGAACCUAUGCCAUGAAUGCCUUAAGACUGGAGAAAGCUUUCAGAGCCUGGGGGUCAGAGAUGAACUGUGAUACAAAUCCCUUGGAAGCUGGACUGGAAUAUUUUGUAAAGCUAAAUAAGCCGGCAGACUUCAUAGGAAAGCAAGCACUGAAACAGAUUAAAGCCAAGGGGCUGAAACGGAGACUGGUCUGCCUCACCUUGGCAACGGACGAUGUUGAUCCAGAGGGAAAUGAAAGCAUCUGGUAUGACGGCAAGGUGGUUGGCAACACCACGUCCGGAAGCUACAGUUACAGCAUCCAGAAGAGUCUGGCUUUCGCGUAUGUCCCUGUAGAGCUGAGCAAAGUGGGACAACAAGUGGAAGUUGAACUAUUAGGCAAAAAUUACCCAGCAACUGUCAUCCAAGAGCCCUUGGUGUUGACAGAACCAACCAGAAACCGGCUUCAGAGAAAGGGUGGGAAGGACAAAAUUUGAAGAGACUUUCAGUAGGCCAGUGAUUUAUGGCUGCUCUACGACCGUCAUCAAAAAUAUAACUGAUUUACAGAGGGAAUAGGGGAAACCAGAAAUUCAGUUCAAAAUCACCAAAAUCUGGAUUCAGAAUCUAAGUAAAACCUUUCUCUAGUUUUCUAAACAAGAUGGAAUAAUUGAUGGGCAAUUUAUAUCGUAGUUUCAAAUGACAUUUGAAGUAAAUGGUUCUAUUGUCCUAUAUUGUCUAUGAAAUUCAAUCAGCAAAAUGUUGUGUUUGCUAAAUACAAUCAUUAUUAUAACUGAAUUGGAAAGCAUUAUAUAAUUCUAGAAACCUUUUCAUAUGGUUCUUGUUAGCUGAAAACUGAAGUUUUACAAAAAAUUAAAUGAAUAUUGUGGAUGGAUUUAUUUCAUGGAGAAAUAUUAAUAGAAUACGAGAUCAUUUUUUCAAAAUAUAUCUAUAAUGGAAAUAGUGAAAUUCCAUAUUGGUAUAACAUUUUUAUUCAAUUCCCUGAAAUAUUUACUUUCUUAAUGACUUCCCUGAAAGCACUUUUAUGAGACGUCAUUAUUGUCCUUUCAAAGGUUGUUUUAGAAGAGAAAUUGCAAAAAAGAUCAGAGUCUUCCAAAGGAAGCAGUACUUGUAAAUCUUCUGAGAUGAAGCUGAAACAUAAUAGAUUGUGCCAGGACAAACACAGGUUGAAUACUGAACACGUCUCUUUGGGAAAAAUUAAUGCAAGUUGACAUCACAUUGUGCCAUUCUGAAUAUCAUUUCACAAGCAUUUGACAAAGCAGGUCAGAUAAGAGCUGAAGAGCUGACAGGCUUGUCCUUAACACUGUGUACAGCAAAGGGGGAGAAAAGUCAUUUGGAAAUCAUUCUUUGAUAGCCUUUUGAAAUUAUUUGGGUUUAGUUGAUUGAAUAGAUAAACUUUCUCAUGUAAGACAGUCGGUCAUUUAUCAUUUGUUAUACACACACA